AUCUCAUCACCACAGUUAGCAGAAUGUUACGAAUGUUCACCAGAGGCGUAUCGCGGUCUGCCAAAGAUACGCUACUAACUGCCCCGACCUUAAAACAGAAGCUAGCCAAGGAGGAAAAGAUUUUCCAGAAAAACUUGCCCGAGUGGACCAAACGUGACAAAUCAGUCAAGUUGCGGUACGGUAGUUGGAAUCCAUCCAAAAAACUAAACCGCCAACAGAUCCAGGAUAUACGGAAUAUGACGAUACUGUUGCCAAAUAUCAAGACAGUAGAACUCGCCAGUAUGUUUCGGGUGUCGCCAGAGGCUAUUCGGAGGAUUUUGAAGAGUAAUUGGGUUCCCAAUGAGAGUGAUGAGGAAAAGCUUCUUGAACGAGAAGAAAAAAGACGACUUGAAAAGGCCCAGCGACGGCAGGAAGAACGAGAGCAGGUACGCAAGCAACAGCAGGAGUAUUCUGGCCGGGGCCGUGCUCCUGGUGCUAAUAGUGGUAGAAAUACAGGACAAAAAGGCCCCAGGCACACACAGCAGCGACGGCCAGCUCGUACAUUUCAUCGCGAUAUGGCCGACAUAAUUGACUGAGCUGAUCUUGUUGUCCUCGAACAUAUAAAUACCAACCUGUAAAUAGUAUAAAUGAUACAACGAA